AGCUGUUAGUUCAUUAGCUGUAAUUGACCACUGUGAGUAUGAAACCGUUUGGGAAAACAGGGUAGACAUUUGUCUGUUAGCUCUUAUUUUUGAAAGGUGCACUUAACUGCAUUUUAAAAUACUUAUUUUUUACGAGUAUGUAACAUUACCAUCCAUAAAAUUAAUCCAGGAAGUUUUAAAACCCUCAUAUUUGGGUGACUUUAGCACAGGUGCACCUUUACUCUGGUCACUACGGUAGCUGAGACAGACCGCACGGUGCUCACUGCUCCUCUGUUACAGUCAGUACGGUCUGUGAACGCUGCAGUCAGUCACUUGUGUUUAUCGCUGAGCUCUGCCGCACCGCUGCUCGACACUCUGCUCGGACUCAUUUCACCUUAUUAUCUGGUGCAAAACUUAGUACUUCCUCCUCUGCCAGACAGGUACGGUGCCUAUAUUUUCGUUAAAGCUGCAAAAUAUCUCAUUAGCGCUUUAUUCUAAGCCUUAGAAUAUACAUUUUGUGAUAGUGCGCGUCCCCACUGUCUCGACUAGAAUUUUAGUCCUGCGUAAAAGUAAACUCAGUCAUCUCAUUUUGCUGCAACGUGUCCGAGAGUUUUUGUACUUUAUAUAAUAUUUAUUCCUCAAAGUGUAUCGAUAUAGAUUAACUGUAAUAUUAUGCUAGCAGUUUGUUAUUUUGCUGCGACUUUAGGCCUGUAAAGCAUCCUUUACGUAAAGCAUCCGCAUUAUCUGACUUAAACCCACAGCUCCUCUGCUUAAAGGUGAGCAUCUGGUGAAACCAGGUGGGGGGGUCUAAAAAAAACAAGGCAGCUGGGCCUGAUUGCAGUUUGGGACUAUAAUUGGAGUAUAGACGGAAUUAUUUACCGAGUUGAAAAUAAACUGCAGAAGUCUGGGUUCAUGCCGGAUUUUGAGCACUUCAGAUUUUCCUAUUCGAGCAUGAAUCCGGUCCUGGGGGAGAGUGGCUUCCUGGCCCCGCAGCAGCAGCACUACCAGAUGACGGGCCAAAACGACUCCGCCAUCAUGGAGCCUGGCUACUUCCUGGGGGACCACGGCGGGUUCGGUCCUGAUGGUUUGUCCGGGUUGGACCUGGGCGCCCUGCCGCCGUCGGGCCUCGCCUACCUGCACCUGAGCAACCCUCUGCACCGCGUGCCCCCUGCGGCCGCGGCGCUGCGCAAUGACCUGGGAUCCAACAUCAGCGUCCUGAAGACUUUGAACCUGCGCUUCCGCUGCUUUUUGGCCAAAGUGCAUGAGCUGGAGCGCAGGAACAAGGUGUUGGAGAAGCAGCUGCAGCAGGCUCUUGAUGAUAACUGCGGAGGGGAUGGACACCAGAAGCCGCUGACUAAAGAGAUGGGGGUCCAGACUGGAUUUAUUGGGCCUAUUCCAGCCAGACCGGGCCUCAUCCCCCUCCACAACGUCCACAACUCUGCCUACCUGCCCGGCGGCCUCCUCUCUCCAACUCUGAACCCUCCUCCUAUUUUUGAGAACAAACACCUGCUGGGGAACAACCUCAACCCGAGCACAGUCUCCACCGAUUCAAACUCCAACCUCACCACCUCCGAUUUCUCCGUCAGCCCGGCCCGGAGUCCCACCGACCCGUUCAAAACUAUCACCAACAUCAACGAGAAAUACGCCUCUCAUGCCGGGACGAACACCAACAACAUCCCCACUCCUCCCUCGCGCUUCCUCCCCGGGACGAUCUGGUCCUUCAACCACAACCGUCGGUUUGGCACCGGGAGGGAAUCAUGCGUCACAGGCCCCGGGGUCUCCUGGACGCAGCCGGACGGUGUCGGUGUCCAGAUCGACACCAUCACACCGGAGAUCAGGGCCCUGUACAACGUGCUGGCCAAGGUGAAGCGAGAAAGAGACGAGUACAAGAGAAGAUGGGAGGAAGAGUACACAGCCAGAAUGGACCUGCAGGAGAAGGUGGCUGAACUGGAAGAGGACCUGCAGGAGAGCGAGGUGUGUCAGGAUGAGCUGGCUAUGAGGGUGAAGCAGCUGAAGGCCGAACUUGUUCUCUUUAAAGGACUCGUCAGCAACAUGAAUGGAAAAUACAGUCCAUUCUAUCUUCAUCAGAACCUGUCAGAUCUGGACAGUAAGAUCCAGGAGAAGGCCAUGAAGGUGGACAUGGAUAUCUGCCGCCGCAUCGACAUCACCGCCCGCCUCUGUGAUGUCGCCCAGCAGAGAAACUGUGAGGACAUGAUCCACAUGUUCCAGCAGGUGGCCACGCCCCCCUGCACUCUGAGUGGCCGUGCCAGAAAACAGAGCGGACAGUUGGCAAAGGGCGGGGACGGAGACGAACUGAGCAUGUCCGAGAGCGAGGGAGGCGGAGGUAAAGACGAGGAGUCGUGCAGCACGUCGGCCAAUCAGAUCAACGAGCAGAUGCAGAGGAUGCUGAAUCAGCUGAGGGAGUGCGAGUUUGACGAUGACUGUGACAGUCUGGCCUGGGAGGAGACGGAGGAAACGCUUCUGCUCUGGGAAGAUUUCCCAGGAUACCCACUGGGAGUGGAAACACAGGGAGAGCUGCAGCAGCAGGAGGAGUCCAUUGAGGAAGUGAUUAAAGACACAGAGUGUCUGUUCAAAUCCAGAGAGAAGGAGUACCAGGAGACCAUCGACCAAAUAGAGCUGGAACUGGCUACAGCCAAAAGCGACAUGAACCGUCACCUGCACGAGUACAUGGAGAUGUGUUCGAUGAAAAGAGGGCUGGAUGUUCAGAUGGAGACCUGCAGGAGACUCAUCACACAGAGCGGGGACAGGGAGUCGCCCACACACAUCACGCUGACUGUGGACGACUCAGACAGUGAGGAGAAGAAAAAGCCAGCUCUCCAUGCCGAGUCUGAGACUAGCAAAUCUUACUGCGACGCUGCUAUCCCUACCCUGACCUGGAGAAAACCCUAACACACACACACACACACACACACACACUGCUGGUAAAUAAUGUCAUACCUAUGCGCUACUCUUCCUCCAGUGCUGUUUGAGAGUCUAAAAAGGUGGUUGGUUACAUUUUAGGCUCUUAAUGAGGCUGCUGCACACCUAAAAAAACAAACAGUUUUUUGUUGAUCUAAAAAGGUAGAAAUUAUUCUAAAACCAGCAGAUGCGAAAUGUCUGUUUCUGAAAGCAGCCAGUUUAAUGAUGUUUGGUCAGUUUAACUGGAUGCCAACCUGACAGCAGGUCAAUUUGAGCAGAAAAAAAAAUCAGAAAAACUAGAAUUUGCUUGCGAAGCUUUUACUGUAUAGUAAAAUAUAGAAAGAUUUUAGCUUCAUAAAAAAAGGCAAUACUUCUUUACUUGAUUUUCAACCGCUGCCCUCCCGUGGUCAUCAGCUGUAACUACACCUCCGUGAAGGUCAAACGGAACAAAACGGCACUUUGAAAAACAUUUAAGUGAUUGUGUUUGUCGAUGAGAUGAAAAGGACACGUUUUAUUUUGCACACUGACUUGCUGUCUAGAGCCGAUUAUUUGCACAGUUUCUGUAAUAAUGCCUUUCAGCUGCAGGUGCACAGAGAGGCAGCAACGCACAAAGAAAUAGUUUGCACUUAAUUAUUUAUUAUAAUGACAUGCUUGUUUUUAUUGUGUGCAAUCCUGUCAUGCGCAAGUAUUGCAGAAGUUUAAUUCCUAAAAUUUGAAUGGCCCGGUUGCCUUUUUGUGGGAUUUUACUGAAGGUUAAGUAACUAUUAAAUGAAAAGUUCCCAUUUAACAGAUCUUGAACUAUCAAAAUCCAACUUGCCUUAAACUGAUACCCAACAUUUGAGAAAUAUGACACCUUCUCUGAUAAAACAUUGUAUCUGCAUGAGUGUUAGUCGGAGCACUAUCCUGAAAGUUAAUCUUUUAAGCGUUUCAAUGUAAUGAACAUUUAUUUAAUUUCUGAAUCUGAAAUUGGGAUGUCUUUAUCAGCAGAUAAAGGCUUUAAAUUAAAUAUCAGCCAGAAAUGAUUGUUUCCUCUGAUAUGACCCCUAAAAAUAAAUAUAGCAUGCAUGUAACCUAAGUUGAAGGAGUUUUCUGAUCUUUCCCAGUGAAUGUGUACAUUUUGAGAAGCAUUGCAUUUUAUGUCUGCAUCUUCCAGUGGGCCAUCACUGUACCAGCAGGCAUAAUGUUAAUGCCACUACAGGAGGGACUUGAACUCUGCAAUUAGGGGGGGAAAUAUAUAAAUCGUGCAUCCCUAACGUGAAACAGAUUAUUUGUAGAUAAUGUUACUCAGAAUCUGUCUCUCAAACACUGAUCUAAUUGUUUAUGUAGAAAUAUAACCUGUAUAAAGAACAGAUGUCGGGCUGUAACUAAUUAAUACUUUCAUUGAUUAAUCCUGCAAUUACUUUCUAUAAAAAGGUAAACAAAAAGUCAACAGCCAAAAGCUUAGGAUCUUCAGUUUACUACCAUAGAAGACUAAAACAAGCAAAUAUUCAUACUUAAGGGGCAAGAAUCUGUGAAAUGUGGGGCAUUUGUUUUAAAAAGUCCAAUUAAUCAAAAAUGCUGGCUGAUUAAUUUUCUGUCAUUUGUUUAAAUAACUAAUUGUUUCAGUUCUUGACAGAUCAACUUAUUAUAGAGGUCUGUGAUAAAAUGUAAAUAUAGCUUUGAGAAUCUCAAAGCCAGGGUUAUUCUCUCAAUUUUUAAAAAAGGGAAGGUGUCAUAUUUAUACGCCAUCAAUCACAAGCCUCCUUUAUAGCGUUUGCUAUCAGUGUGUUAGGUCACUACUCUUAAAGUCCCAUGUGACACAUUUCUACUGUAGAAAUAACAGAUUUGUUUGAAAGACCUCGUCUGUGAUUGAGACCGUUGGCAACAAAAUAAAUUGAAGGGCAUUUGUUUUGUUUUUCUUUUACUAAAGUAAAAACCUAUUUUAAGAAUGUACAGUUUGUAAAGGCUAAAUAACAUUGUAUCGAAUGUACUUAAUAAGGCUGCGUCUAAUGCUGCAAGCUUCACGUUGUAAUGAUGUACAUUUAGCCGAGAUCAUUAAGUUGGACAUCUUAGUACAGCUGGCAUUAGUAUCAUUUUAAGAAUGGGUCGUCUCGAUGAUUAAAAGUAUGAGUGUGUACAUGUGUGGAGGAAAGAAGACAUUUUUCAGGAGAUGUGCUUAAAGAAUAAUUGGUUGUUUUUACCUCGUUUGUGCCAGUUGUUCUGUCUUCUUUGUUGACAUGAAUGUGUCACAGUUCAGCUCUUCAAACACUGAACCAUCUUUCAUUAAAUGAAUGUCUGCUUAGUCAAUAACCUGCCAUGUUCACCACAGAAACAGAUCCAUGAAAGGAACACUUUGUUUUAGUCCUGUAGUUUUCUUCUAUGAACACUUUUCUAAAUCAAAACCAGACCUAAAAACCUGAAGACGCUUGUUUCCAUAUACUGAAAUCUUAUUUGACCCUUUUCAGAGAGUUCUUAGUGCUCAGAGAAGACAUGGACUAAAAUGUAAAAGUAUUCCUUUAAUGUUAAGGAGAAACAAAGCAAAGCAACUGCAAGUGUACACUUAAAACAAAGUAGACUCACCUCAUAAACUGUGUACAGAUGCUGCUUUAACUGAACUGUUGACGUCUAUAUUACCAGAAUGUAAAUAACUUCUGUGGAAAGAGCAGAAAAACAGAAAUAAAUCAUGUGUGAAAAGAAAAUAACUUAAAAGACCUCAUGAAUGAGGAGAUAAGGACAACAAAUAAACCGCAGGAGGCUCGUCAGCAUGUACUGUUUUGGAUCGUAUUCUCACUUCACAGGUAAAACAAGUUAUUGUUGUUUUCAUGAGGUCUUUAAUGUUUUGUCUUUCCAUCACAAAGCUGUAUGUUUGAUCAAUUUACUGCUAAAUGAAAAUGUUGCACAGAAUAAAAUACAUUGAAAGAG